ACACAGCGAUUUCCCUCUCGAGUUUAACAGGAACCGUCCUCCUCCCUCGGCGGCAAAGGCGGAGGUUUUGAUUCAUUUAGCCGUAUUGAACCCGAUAUUACGUCACGCGAACAUACACAAGGCGAGCUCCAGUCCCUCCCUCUCAGUGUGGUGUGUGUGUGAGCCUUGUACUGACGUGGAGCAUUCCUCCUCACGCUCCCUCCUCCCCCCUCUCUCUCUCUGUCGCUGGCUACGGUGCUGCCACUUCUGAACCAAGGAUGGGCGGGGUGUGGAGAUUCCGUCGAUGAGAGAGCAAAGACUUGGCGUGACAAUAACAAAACGCGAAGGAAUGGAGGAGGAGAGCCUGUGCUGCACCGUGUGCCAGGAGCGCUUCUCAGACACGCGCACGCCGCGCCAGCUCACCUGCGGCCACUCCAUCUGCUCGCCGUGCGUCCGCGGCGUCAUCGACAACGACCGCCGCUGCCCCGAGUGCCGCCGCACCUUCGACGCCGCCAACCCCGACGACCUCGCCGUCAACUACCAGCUGCUGCGGCUCGUGCGGUGCCUGGCGAGCGGCGGGCCCCCGCAGCUGCUGCUGGACGCAGGCGGCGUGCGCGAGCCGGACGCGGGCCGCUGCGAGGCGCACGGCUCGCUGCGCUUCUUCCGGUGCAUGAGCUGCGGCGCGUGGGUGUGCCGCGACUGCCUCGUGUUAGAACACGUGGGGCCGCCGCGUGGCACGUGUAGGGUCGUGUCCUCGUCCAAGGCCAUCGCGGAGAUGAAGGAGAAGCACCUGCAGGCGCUUCGGGAGGAGUCGGCCGCCCUGCUGCAGGCCAAGAGCCUCAGCGCCGCGCAGAUCACCACCAUCACCACCAUCAAGACCAACCUGAAGGACACCAUAGCGCGCCUGCGAGCCACCAUCAACGAGGAGGAGCUGUACCUGCAGUCGCUGGAGGACCGCGCCAGGGAGGCCCGCGCCAAGACGGACGAGCUGGAGGCGCAGGCGGAGACGCUGCGCGAGAUGGCCAACCGCAUGACCUCCGCCGAGACCACCAUGGAGGUCACCAACCUGGGCGUGGAGGCCGAGGAGGCCGUCCGCCAGACCAAGAGGCUGGUCGAGAGGGAGAAGGAGGCGCAGGCGCACCUCCUCAUGAAGCUCAACUCCCGCGGAUUGCAGGUGCGUGCACGGACCGCCCUCGAGAACGCCCGCGAGGUGGUGACGUCCUGGCCGGAGGUGUGGGGCACGCAGGAGGUCGCAGGACGCCAGUGCUGGGCCAGGGUCCGCCUCCUCGACUCCCUGGUGCACGUCCACGCCUUGCAGGACGCUCCUCCGCCCGCCUCCGCAGUCACUGUGCCUUUCGAAUCCUGCGGUCGCUCCUGCCCGAGGGCAACCCCCCCUCCGUAUUCCUCGACCUCAGCUGGCCCGGCUGCGAGACCGCCAGGAUCUACGUGCGGCUGCUGCGGGACUCGCCGAGGGGCAGCCAGUUCUUCCUGCUGUGCUCGGGAGAGUGUGGCCCCACGCUGAAGGACGCGACGUUCCAGCCGCCAUCGCCGGGGGAAUCCGAGGCGACGCUGUCCGGCCGGGUGCCUCUCCGGAAGCCCGUGCUAGGGAACCUUCGGGAGGAGGUGCAGCCGGCGGCUAGGGGCGAGAGCCGCCGGCAGGCGGAGAAGGGGCU